CACAGCUGGGCGGCUGCCACCCCUCGGCGCGCAGCAUUCUUUCGCCUUGUAUGGCCAAAUCCUUUGGGGUGGGAGGGAUCCGUUUGGGCCAAGUCUAUCCUCCAUUGGCCGCCCCUGCCCUCUGGUCCGGCUCUGUCCCGCACUAAAACAACAGCAAGGGAAUUUCACACCUCUUGUGUGUCUUGAAGGGGCUCAGCCACCCUUGCGGCCAUCUCGAAGGGUCCCAGCAGGUUUCGGUCGGAGGCAGGUCCAAAAAAACCUACAAGAUGUCCAGUAAGCGAGCCAAGGCGAAGACCACCAAGAAGCGCCCCCAGCGUGCCACCUCCAAUGUCUUUGCUAUGUUUGACCAGUCACAAAUCCAAGAGUUCAAAGAGGCUUUCAAUAUGAUUGACCAAAACCGUGAUGGAUUCAUUGACAAGGAGGAUCUGCACGACAUGCUGGCAUCUCUCGGGAAGAAUCCCACGGACGAGUACUUGGAAGGCAUGAUGAGUGAAGCACCCGGACCCAUCAACUUCACUAUGUUCCUCACCAUGUUUGGAGAGAAGCUGAAUGGCACUGACCCAGAAGAUGUUAUCCGUAAUGCUUUUGCUUGCUUUGAUGAGGAAGCCACAGGUUUCAUUCAUGAGGAUCACCUGCGCGAACUGCUCACCACCAUGGGCGACCGGUUCACAGAUGAGGAAGUUGAUGAGAUGUAUCGAGAAGCCCCCAUUGACAAAAAAGGCAAUUUCAACUAUGUGGAGUUUACCCGUAUUCUGAAGCAUGGAGCCAAAGACAAAGAUGAUUAGAAUGAAGAAAGCAUCCAACGUUUUGUCAAUGUCCAUAUCCAAGCCCAAGUCCCCUUGCUGCUCCUUGAGGGUCAUCCCCUGGUGUCAUGGUCCUGUGUCAGUAUGGCCAAAAGGCGGAAAGACUUUGAAAUAUUUCAGCAGAGCAAGCGCUAAUUUAAAGAAAGAAUUCACUUGUCGCAAGUUUGUACACCUGCACUUCCAUACACAUACAGAUCAUAUCGGUCCUUUGUUAAGCUACUCCUUGAUUCUGUUAAGUCUCAUGGAAUAAGGUACUUUGAUUUCCCCGCUCUCAAAAGGGUCUAGAUUUUGCCAAAGGAGGUAGAAGAUACACUGGAUUACCAGACCAUCUGGCACUGUACAUAUAACACAUAUGAUCACCCAAUGCUGGAUCCAGUAUAAUCAAAGGGGGCUUGCUGAGGUAGCACUUAUAUAGCACUCUUUUCACUAGCAAAGUGAUUUAUUGUGCAAUUCUAAACAGAAUUAUAGCCUUCUAAAUCCAUUGAAAUCAACAAGCUUAGAAAGGUGUAACUAUAGGACGGCACUGUUACAGUCCUUGCCGUUUUAAUCAUUACCAAUUCUCGGUGAUUUCAUUCCCAUUGUACAGUUGGGAAAUGUGGACAGACAUUUGCCCAAGGUCAAAAAUAACUGUACAGAGAUGAGGUUUGAACCCAGGUUUCUUAGAAUCUAAGUUUAACACUUUACAGGCUGUAGCACAUUGGCCUUUGCCAUUACUGUUUUGUCUCAGAACCAUGUUGAAGCCAUUCCCGAAGUCACUGGCAACAAUUCAGGGAUUGCUUUCCUACUAUGGCAGGCCUCCUGCUCUCUGCACAUGUGCACAAAAGAACACUUUUUCACCUAUGGAUCUGCAGUGCGCACAAACAUACCUGUGGAAAAGAAAUUCAUUUGACUCUCUUUCAUUCUCCAUUCCAUCCCAAAUGCAUACAACCACCUCCACCCUGAAACUCAUGGCCCAUAGAGGUUUUUAUUGGUUGCUGAAUAGCUGACAAAAAGUAGAACAGGAACACCAGCAAAUAAAUAAAAGUUUCCAUUCUUCCCUAUAAUUAUUUCGAGAAAAAAACACUUGCUUUUUGGGGUGUUUGUAUAAGGUUUAUUUAUAUAUUUCUUCCAUUUUUUGAAAGCAAAACCUGGAAUGUUACAGAAGCUCUUAUACCAUAACCCUUGCUAAUUCAUUAUCUAAGGAUACAGCUCUGGGGUAGGAAAUUCCUGGAGACUUGGGUUUGGGAUGUGGGGAGAUCCCAGUUUAUCCUUGGGAACUAAUCCUUGUAGUAUGGAGACAAACUGUAACUCUGUAAGAUCUCCAGCCCCCACCCUAUUACAUCCUGUAAAGCCUGUUUGCUGACAAUCAGACCAAUCUCAAGAAAAUAAAAUGGCAUAUAAAGAGUAUGACACACACAUA